AUGGCACGAAAUCUACGCAUUUGCAUGCUUAAUGCCGAUGCACCGGUGCCUGUUGUUGCCGCCGAGCGCGCCCCCACCUAUGGGCGUAUCUUCCACCAACUUCUUUCGUCCGCAGCUGCCAACACAAAGUCACCAUGCGCGUCCUUGGACCCUGUCAUUAAGAUCACAUCUACGGACUUCGACGUCACGAAGAACGAAUAUCCCAGCUCGAUAGCAGAGUUCGACGCUGUCAUCAUCUCGGGCUCUGCGAACUCGGCCUACGAUGAGCUGCCCUGGAUACGCAAACUCGCAAGAUGGACGAAAGAAUUAUAUGAGAAAGAGCCCAGGGUGAAGAUCUUCGGCAGCUGCUUCGGCCACCAAUUGGUGUGUCAAGCUCUACUAGGGGAUUAUGGUGUGAAGGUGGAGAAGCACCCGGAAGGCUGGGAACUCGGGGUAAAAGAGAUCACACUGCAACGGCAAUUCUACACCGAAUUCUUGGGGGAUGGUGGAGGCGGGGAAGAUAAAUAUGGCAAAAAGAUGAAGCUACAAUUCGUGCAUCACGACCACGUGGUUGUUCCAGAUUUAGAAGCGCUGCCGGGCUCCUGGACAACGCUGGGAAGUACUCAGCAUUGCGCUAAUCAGGGCAUGUACGAACCUGGUCGUGUCCUCACAUUCCAGGGUCACUUCGAGUUCGAUCGUUUCAUCAACAGUGAGACAAUCAAAUAUUUCUUCCCGAAUUGGCAGCCUAAGGUCUUGGAAGAGACGCUCGACGCUAUCGAUGCGGAUGACGAUUCUGUGGCAGCAGCUGGAGUUGUCUUGAAGUUCUUCUUGGGCGACAGUGCUAGAAAGCAUGGUCAGUUACAUGCUGUCGUUGGGGGUUUACUCACGCCGCCGUCAAGAGAAUGA